AUGGCAAGAGUAUUGGAUGCGGCUGAAGUCGCGAAACAUAAUACUCCAGAGAGUUGCUGGGUUAUUCUUUACGGCAAGGUUUAUGACGUCACAGAAUUCAUAUCCAGUCACCCCGGCGGUGUCAAGGUCAUCCUCAGAUUAGCAGGCACCGAUGCCACCGAAGAAUACGACCCCAUCCACCCACCAGGAACACUGGAAGAAAACCUCAAACCGGAAGCAUUACUUGGAACCGUCGACCCAGAAACAUUACCCAAACCAGACAAACAACAAUCUUCGCCAGAGGAGGAAGAGCAAGGUCCACCACCCAUGGAAACGCUCUUCAAUCUAGACGAGAUUGAGCAGGUGGCUACAAAGCAAGUUAGUCGCAAGGCUUGGGGGUACUAUUACUCUGCAGCGGAUGAUUUGAUCAGUAAAAACUUCAAUCGGGAAAUUUACCGUUCCAUCCUUUUGAGACCUAGGGUGUUCAUUGAUGUUGGGAAAUGUGAUCUGUCAACUACGAUAUUGGGUCAUAGAGUUGGCUUGCCGAUAUAUAUUUCCCCAGCGGCAAUGGCUCGGUUAGCGCAUCCGGCGGGUGAAGCAGGUAUUGCCGCUGCUUGUAGGGGGUUUGGCGCGAUGCAGAUGAUUUCUAAUAAUGCGUCCAUGUCGCCGGAACAGAUUGUUGAGAAUGCUGCACCGGAUCAGGUGUUUGGGUGGCAGCUUUAUGUGCAAAUGGAGAGGAAAAAGAGCGAGGCGAUGUUAGCGCGAGUUGAGAAAUUGAAGGCUAUCAAGUGUGUUAUUUUGACUCUUGAUGCGCCUGUGCCUGGUAAACGAGAGGAUGAUAUGCGUACCGAUAAUAUUGGCAAGAAGUUACCUGUUAGCUCGGCAAAGGUUGCUGAGAAGGAAGUAGAAACUCUACCGGAUGGGACGCCAGUGCCUACAGAUGGGGGAGGUGGUGUCGGCAAGCAACUCUUCGCCGGCACAGCUUAUGAUCUCACAUGGAAGGAGACAUUGACAUGGCUUACAAAAGUCACCAAACUACCUAUCAUUCUGAAAGGAUUGCAGACACAUGAAGAUGCCUAUAUUGCAUCCCUAUAUGCUCCGCAGGUGAAAGGUAUUAUCUUAUCGAACCAUGGUGGCCGCGCACUCGACACUGCUCCGCCGGCUGUUCAUACAUUGCUUGAGAUUCGCAAAUACUGCCCCGAGGUCUUUGAUAAGAUUGAAGUUCUUGUGGAUGGGGGUAUCCGUCGGGGCACGGAUGUUGUGAAGGCGUUGUGUUUGGGUGCUAGGGCUGUGGGUAUUGGUCGCCCGGCGUUGUGGGGGCUUGGUGCUGGGGGUAUUGCUGGCGUUGAGAGGACGUUGGAAAUCCUCGCGGAUGAGACUAAGACGUGCAUGCAAUUACUGGGUGUGGAGAAAAUCUCUGAUCUUGGGCCUGAAUAUAUUAACUCGAGGAUCGUAGAGCAACAAAUCUACGACGGUCCAUCUGGCCUCGAAAAAGCGCGCGCUAAACUAUAGACUCUUCUCCUUGCUCUCAUUGUUUCAAUGGAUGGCAGGCGGACAAAUUGAGCGUUUACUUGCCUGGUAGGAGUUUUGUAUAUAUGACAGGAUAGCAUCUAGUAGAUAUACUCGACAAAUGUAUCUAGUCUGAUUAGACAACAGAAAUGUAACAUUAGAACCUGGCUAUAACG